CAAAACGGUCAUAUACGAAUCGACCAGUCCCCAGCCAUAACAGGAGCAUAUUGGCAGUCUCAGCCAUACAAGGUGGCAGCCAUACAUAGAUAAUACUUAGUGGCCAUAGAUAUACGAGGAGAAUAUUUUAGUGGCCACUGUUGUGGUAAUAUUCAUGGCUGCAUAUAAGUCUGUUGGAGACGACAUUGGGAAGAUCUGGAGAGCAGGGGAAGACCUGGGCUUGUCCAGCAGCGAUAUCCAUAAUGUAUUUACCUCAGUGUUCAGGGAAGAGAAGGAAAAGGAAGCUAUUGAAGCAAGGAGUAGAGAUCAUAAGAGGAGUGAAGAAGGCAGAAAAGAAAGGAGUGGGCCUGUGUCGACGCUCACCCAUUACCUCAUACUGGCAACCAAGUUGAUAAUGGGUGUCACUGCAGUGUGUGUCAUGAUGUUUGCUGUCAUUUCUCUCCACAACCCGACGAGAAAGUUUGUGACACGUAAUAUUCAGGACAUGAUCUAUCCAGUCAUGACGAGACUGAGGUACAUGGCCUUGCCUCUCCUGAGCCAGUACCCGGAGCUGAGUGUGUGGUACUCUGAGGAGUGCCUGCUGCCCAACCCUUUCUUUGAUCAACCGUAUAUUGACUGUGUGUCAUGUCAUGACACUUCUGUGCCCAUUACAGCCUCUGGUGUAAACCAAUUUCGAGAUCUGUACUAUAAUAAUGGGAAAGUGGUGAUUGUUACUGAUGCUCUUCUUCAUCCAAUUUCCUGGACAGAUUUAGCUGACAAACUAGAUAUAGAACAAGAAGUUGAAAUUGGUGCAUUGAAAUACGUUUCAAAGUCAGAAACUAAUGUAAAUUCCUUAAACAAAAUUAUGAAGGAAAAGACGCUUAACGGUGACAUUCAUAUCGAGUGGAAGGUUAAUAGACUGGAAACUUUACACGUUGUUCGCAAAAUCUUCCCGAGACUUUAUUUCAUACCGUCGGAAACGGAAGUUGCUCUUUAUCGAUUUUUGUUUGUAGAUGGGCCAGAGUCUAAUUCAUAUCAGUUACCUUUAACAGAGUUUGCUAAUGUUGUUCUCAUACAGGGAGAUGGGUCAAGUAAUCUCACCUUGUAUCCAUCACAACACUGUCAAAAUACUUGCAGUUCAGUCACAGUUACUUUAAAUGCAACUCAGGUGUUAUUUUUUAACUGGAUUUAUUGGAGGCCUGUUAGGGUUAAUGGGAAAUAUGUUUCAACACUUGCAAUGAGUUCAUUCUAUUAAUGUGUUCAGUAGCAUGCCAGAAAGUAGAAUUCUUACAAUAGGUAAACACUCAUUAGUCAUUUAUCUAUAAUGAUGAAGUGCAUUGUCAGAAAUACUUGUAUUUCACAAAACUUUUAAUUUUCUCCUACUUGGCCUGGACGGUAGAGCGACGAUCUCGCUUCAUGCAGGUCGGCGUUCAAUCCCCGACUGUCCAAGUGGUUGGGCAACAUUCCUUCCCUCCCCCCACCCCGUCUCAUCCCAAAUCCUUAUCCUGACCCCUUCCAAGUGCUAUAUAGUCGUAAUGGCUUGGUGCUUUCCCCUGAUAAAUCCCUUCCCUUCCUGUUAGACUAUUUUUUAUAUUUUUAUGGCGUCCUAAUAUUAAUGUUAUUAUAUGUAACCAACUUUUGUUAAAUUUACAUUUUACAUAAUGUAAUAUACAGUAUUUACCUGAUAUGUAUGCUAGUCCAUUAUUUUAUAAUAGUAGUUUAAUAAUUUAUUAAUAUUAUUGUAAUUAAAUAACUCCUGCAAUAAAAUUAAAUUCAUAUAAUAAUUAAAUUAA